AUGCCAUUAUUUGUAAUUACGUGUACAGAUCAAGCAGGUACAGUAGAAAAACGUCUUGCUGUACGCCCACAACAUUUAGCUCGACUCGAAAAGUUAGAUGCUGAAGGCCGUGUCAUCGUGGCUGGGGCGAUGCCGAUUGAUCGUGAAAAUCCACAAGCAGGUUUUUAUGGCAGUACUUUAAUUCUCGAUUUUGACAGCCGUGAAGCUUUGGAUGAAUGGUUAAAAGACGAACCUUUCUUAAAAGAAGGGAUUUAUAUUCUUUUGUACUUUUAUCACCUGUUGUAUCGGCUGAGCCUACUCAAUCUUCAGCGACUCAAGCAACGACGGCAGCGCCUACUCAGGCGACCCAACCUGUUGCACCGCCAAAACCGAGUAUUAUUCCUGCUGUAG